AUGGCAACGGCAAACAAUAAAAGAAAAUGUUUUAUAUGUGACAGAGAAAACAAUACGUAUGCUUGUGAAGGUUGUUCAAAAAGAUUUUGUUCCAAACAUAUACCAGAACAUCAACAAAAACUAAAUGAAGAAUUACAUCAUACUAUUAAUGAUUAUAAUGAAUUCAAAGAAAGAAUUAAUGAACAUAAACAAAAUCCUCAAAAUCAUUUAUUAAUAAAACAAAUUGAUCAAUGGGAAAUAAGUUCAAUUGAAAUCAUUCAACAAAAAGCGAAAUAUUGUAGGGAAAUUAUCAUUAAAUCAUUACAAACAUGUAUUAAUGAUAUUGAAAAUAAAUUUAGUGACUUAAAUACACAAAUACAACAACUUCAAAAAGCAAAUGACUUUAACGAAAUUAAUUUAAACUAUUUAAAAGAUCAAUUAACAGGAAUAACACAAGAAUUAAAUAAUCCAUCAAACAUGUUAAUUCAACAAGAUUCACAAUCUUUAAUUAAUGAUAUUUCAAUUAUUUUAUCAAAAAAAUCAAAAUUCAACAAAUGGAAACAAAAUGCCAUCAUCGUAGCUGGUGGAAAUGGAGAUGGACACAACUUAAAUCAACUCAAUCGUCCUGUUGGAAUGUUUAUUGAUAAAAACAAAAAUAUUUUCAUUGUUGAUUGCGGAAAUUAUCGUGUUGUUGAAUGGAAAUAUAAUGCAAAAGAAGGACAAAUCAUUGCAGGUGGAAAUGAAGAAGGAGAUCGAAUGGAUCAAUUGAAUUGCCCAACAGAUGUGAUUAUUGAUCAACAAAAUCAUUCGAUCAUCAUUGCUGAUUGUGAUAACAGACGAGUGAUUCAAUGGUUGAACCAAAAUCAGCAAAUUCUCAUCGACAAUAUUGACUGUUGGAGCUUGGCAAUGGAUAAACAUGGAUUUCUUUAUGUUUCUGAUUGGGAGAAGAAUGAAGUGAGACGAUGGAAAAUGGGAGAAUACAACAACGAAGGAAUUAUAGUGGCAGGUGGAAAUGGUGAAGGAGAUCAACUCAAUCAGUUCAAUUGUCCAGCUUGUAUCUUUGUUGAUGAACAUCAAUCUAUUUAUGUAUCAGAUAGCAACAAUAAUCGUGUAAUGAAAUGGAGAAAAGAUGCAAAAGAAGGAACAGUUGUGGCUGGAGGGAAUGAUCAAGGAGCAAAUCUCAAUCAAUUGUCUACACCUGAAGGAGUAUAUGUUAAUGAUUUGGGUCAAAUCUAUGUGGCAGAUUGUGAUAAUCAUCGAAUAAUGCGUUGGUGUGAAGGAAAGGAAGAAGGUGAAGCUGUUGUUGGUGGAAAUGGUGAAGAAAAUCAAUUGAAUGAUCCUAUGGACUUAUCUUUUGAUGAUGAAGGAAAUCUUUAUGUUAUUGAUUAUUUUAAUCAUCGGAUUGUAAAAUUUGAAGUAGUUUUGUAA